GCAACGAUGGAAGCAAUUGCAUCAGCAUCAUCUCUAGCAAACGACCUUGUCGAAGAAAUCUUGAUGAGACUUCCUGUGAAAUCACUAAUGCGACUCAAGUCUCUCUCAAAACAAUGGAGAUCGACGAUCCAGUCUCGCAGUUUUGCAGAGAGACACUUGAAGGCUCCCCAACGAUUCCACAUGGAACACUCAGAAGUCAUCGCCAUGUCCACAGGAUACCUCUUAUCAGACGAUGAGCGUCGUUCGAUUUGUUUUAAGACUAUCUCCUUAGACUCCACUCCACUUCUAUCGUUUACUCUUCCCAAGUCCCAUCCUCGCUACUUCAAUUUCUACGUUUCUAACAAUUGUGACGGCCUAUUCUGCAUCUAUUCCCCUGAAUCACAGUUUAUAGAUAUAGUUAAUCCGGCCACACGGUGGUUUAGACAGCUUCCUCCUGCUAGGAUUCAGAUUUUGAUGCACAAGUGGAUACUCAAUCUAGAAGCGUGGGAACCUGAUCUUUACUCUUUUAUGACACUAGUCCCUUCAAUAGCAAUCAUGAAGGCUAGCACUGAUUACAAAUUAGUGUGGUUGUAUAACUCUGAUAAGCAUAACUCGGAUGCUUCGAGUCCAAACGAGGGACUUACCAAGUGCGAAGUUUUUGAUUUUAGGGCAAACGCUUGGAGGUACGUAACUUGCACUCCAAGUUAUCUGAUAUGUAAUCAACAAGGUCCAGAAUAUGUAGACGGGUUGAGUUAUUGGUUCACAGAACCAUAUAAUGGCGAAAUCAAAGUAAUAGCUCUUGAUAUCCACACUGAAACAUUCCGGGUGUUGCCUAAGAUUCAUCCGGCUAUUGCCACUUCAAACCCUAGGGAAAUUUGCAUGUGCAAUUUGGAUAAUAGUUUGUGCAUCAUGACAAAGGUGGUCGAUACGAAACUCAACGAGAUUUGGAGAUUGAAAGCAUCAGAAGACAUGUGGGAGAAGGUUUAUACCAUAAAUUUGUUUGUUGGUCCUUCUUUUCGAAGUUGUAUUGGUUGGAAACCGGUGGCGAUACGCAAUAACAAGAAGAUAUUGUUCUCAUGUUCUUACGCUAGAAAUCUGAUAGAAUACGAUCCCCAAACAAAAACCGUCUGUUCUGUUUUCAGACAUCUUGAUCAGUGUCAAGUUUUAAAACAUGUUCCUUAUAUUGAAAGUUUGAUAUCUAAUAUAUAAAAUGCAUAUUCAUAUCUUUUGAUGUAUCUGGAAGCAUGUAAGUAAAAGAGCCAUCCUUGUAAUCUUUUA